UAGGCACUAACCCUGCAGCUAGCCAAUGGCGGCGUCGGCGCUUCACGCGGCGGCGGUCGCCGCCGUCCUCCUCCUCCUCCCUUCCCUCCUCGCGGCCGUCGCGGCGCAGUCCAAGGCCAAGGCCUUCUGCAUCAGCCAGUUCGCCAUCGCCAGCCAGGCCUGCUCCAUCCUGCCGCCGAGCCCCCCCGAAGAGCACGACGACGACGACGACGACGACGAUGACGAUGACGAGGACCACCACGACGGUAGUGAUGACGACGACAACGACGGCGGCGGCGGCGACGACGAAGGCGGCGGGGACCACCGUGAGCGCCACCACCACCGCCACGCCCGUGGCCGCCGUGGCCACGCCGCCGUGAUCGACUUCUCGGCGCUCGUGGCCUCGAGCAACGACAGCAUGAACGGCACCGUCACGGGUAACGGUGCGGGCGGCCACCGCGGCAACCACACCAGCGGCGGCGGCGGCCGCGGACGCCGCCGCGGCCGUGGCAGGCGCGGCCGUCUGCGCGAUGACGAGGACGACCACGGAGGCGACGACGACCACGAUGACGACGACCACCACGACGACGAUGACGAAGACGACGACGAGCACCACGACGAGGAGCUCCGGGCGUACCGCGACUGCUGCCGGUGGCUGCAGGAGGUGUCCAAGGACUGCGUGUGCGACGCGCUGCUGCGGCUGCCGCCGUUCCUGGUGAAGCCGCAGCACACGUACGUGGUGAGGGUCGGCAGGACGUGCCGGAUCACCUACCGCUGCGGCGGCAUCUAGCCCUCCGGCCGUCGCCGCCGGCGAGCGCAACUCGUGGUUGAUUACCAAGCUUGGCUGACGUCACUCGCGCUAUGCAUGUUAAUUUGGGCAUUUAUAUUAUGUCAGGUAGAUAUAUGAAAUAUGAUGAGGUCCUUGCUUAAUUAUCAGGUAGAUUUCAAAAUCUGAACUUCGGAUUUUAUGUUGCAUUGAAAUUUUGGGUUUCAUAAUUUGAGAAAAAAAAUCAAAUGUAAUUUCAAUUUACUAAUCUAAAUUCUGAUAAUUGUAUUAGCCAA